AUGCAGGCCAAGUCGAACAGCAGCCGCAGUCGCAGUCGCAGCAACAACAAGUGCAACCAAAACAAAGAUGCUGCGCUCCUGACACUGAAACCCGCACAAGGCCAAUCGACGAAAUCAGGCCACGCACACGAAUCCCGACACGGUGGCGGUGGCGAUGGCGAUGACGAUGGCGAUGUAGAUGACGUAGCUUUGCGAUGCGAUGCCCCCAGCAGUCAGCCUACCACAGCCUACUACAGCAGGCCGGCUUCCCCAGACCCGGAGACACUUCCACUUCCACUCCCACUUCCACUCCCUCUUCCACUCGAACUCCCACAUGUACUGCCAAACAUCUGCCAUACGCAGGAGCAGAGGUAACUGCACUCAGGACUUCACGGAGAGAAAAUUGUAGUUAACAGUUUUUAAGGAUAUGUACCAUGCUCGCUACAGAUAUAUUAAGCAUUUCAAAAUGUUAGUUGAAAUUCAAAUACAAUGGUAUAGUUCAACAACACUUGAUGAACUUGAACAUGAACUAUAAGUUCAGUUUCUCCUAAAUAUAAAUGAUCUAUAAAUUGAUGUAUUAUA